AUGCUAGAUGAGUAUAAACAGGAUCUCACAGAUAAUGGCAUUGUUACUCAGCUUUCUACACCUAGAACUCCUCAACAAAACGGGGUAGUAGAAAGGAGAAACAGAACUCUACUGGAUAUGGUAAGAUGCAUGAUGUGUCAUGCUACUCUUCCAGAAUCGUUUUGGGGAUAUGCCCUAGAAACUGCCAUGCACAUCUUGAAUUUAGUACCGUCUAAGUCAAUAUCAAAGACACCUCAUGAUAUGUGGACUGGACAGCUUCGUCGUAGUGGGAGGGUCUCACGACCUCCUGAAAGGUUCAUGUACUUUGGAGAGUCAGUUUUGGCAGUGUCUGACGAACUUGAACCAGAUCCCACUAGUUACGAAGAAGGAGUUUCUGAUGUUGAUGCAGAUCAUUGGCUCAAAUCAAUGGAAUCUGAAUUAGAGUCUAUGUAUUCUAAUGAAGUGUGGGAUCUUAUGGAUGUCAAGACUGCUUUCCUCAAUGGCCAUCUAGACGAAAGCAUUUAUAUGAUGCAACCCACCGGAUUCGUUGCUGAAAGUUAG